AUGACGUCCUCUGGCUCACCCUUCUCCUCCUCCUCCUCCUUCGUGUCUCGCAUGCCGGACAGGUGGGAGCCGCCGUCGUCGCAGAUGUCAAAGGACGGGCCCGACUCCGACUCUCCGCCGUCAUCACAGAUGUCGAAGGACGGCCACGACUCUGACUCGACUCUGCCAUCAGGAGGACUCGGACUCGUCGUCAUUGCAGAUGGGAGCCAGAUCUCCAGUGACUCCGUGAGCUGCCUGCUCUGCUUCACAGCACACACCCAGCACAACACUAGCUCAGCUCGACAAGGUAGCAGUCAUUGCUCGCCAUGCAAUGUCAUUGCCGCUGCUCCCCUCCUCCUGCUCACCGCCGCCGUAGCGGGGCUUCUGUUGGAGCUGUCAGUUUCUUGUUCUCUGUUACAACUGUGUCAUUCAAAUGCAGUGGUGGUUGCAUCCAUGGACUGGCCACAAGUCACAACAUAUAAAGCUCUGGUCUCGGCACAAGCACACAUGGAAGAGAUUAUACAAAAUCUCGACGGAAUGAUAAGGGAGUUGCUGAUUUCGUUCUAUAAGAGGACUGGCAAAAAGCCCAAAAGGAUUAUAUUUUACAGGGAUGGAAUAAGUGAAGGACAAUUCAACCAUGUUUUGAUCCUUGAAAUGGACGCGAUAAGGAAGGCUUGUGCCUCUCUGGAAGAUGGGUAUCUACCCCCAGUGACAUUUGUCGUAAUACAGAAAAGGCACCACACAAGGCUCUUCCCUGGAGUUCAUGGAAGGAGAGAUGUUACUGACAGAAGUGGGAACAUUCUUCCUGGAACUGUGGUUGAUACCGAGAUUUGUCAUCCGCGGGAGUUUGAUUUCUACCUUUGUAGCCAUGCUGGAAUUCAGGGAACCAGCAGGCCAAUACACUAUCAUGUCCUCUACGAUGAAAACUGUUUCUCGGCUGAUGGGCUGCAGAUACUUACAAACAGCCUGUGCUACACAUACGCACGAUGCACACGCGCUGUCUCAGUUGUGAUCCUGGCUUUCAGUCUGUGA